AUGGAAAAAGAACUUGUAUUUGAGAUUGUUGAAGGCAAAACAAAUGAAAAUAAGAGUACAGAUAAUGUAUUAAUUUGUCUUUUUGGAUGGGCUGGGUGCAAAGAUAGGUAUUUAAAUAAGUAUGCUUCCUUUUAUGAAGAAGCUGGGUUUUGUACAAUGCGAGCUACAGCACCAAUUGAAAAAAUAAGAAAUUUAAAUGAUUAUACUGUUUAUGGAGAGGAAUAUUUUAAAAGAUUUAUUUCAUAUCAAGAUAUUACCAAUAAAAAAAUAUUUUUUCAUAUAUUUUCAAUGAAUGGUGCUUCAUUAUUUUUAAAAUUUUAUGAAAAUUUGUUAAAAUAUGAAAAAGAACUAAAUAUUUUUGGUGUUAUAUUUGAUAGUUGUCCCGCUGAUGUUAGACCAAUGCAGGGCGCUCUUGCAAUUUCAUAUGCAUUAUAUCCACCAUCUAAAUAUGGAAAUUUGACAACAAAAUUAACAAAAUUAAUAUUAACUAUUGGUUUUGCUAGUCAUAGAUAUAUGAUAUAUCUUGAAUCUUUAUUUUAUGAAAAAGCAUAUGAAAAGAAUUUUGCUUACUACAAACUUAUUACAAUGAAAUCAUUACCAAAAAAACAAUUAUAUUUAUAUUCAGAAAAGGAUAAUAUUUGUUCCUCAUCAUCAAUAAAAGAAUUUAUAAAACAACAAGAAACAAUUAAUAUGAAAACAUUUGAAAAGAUAGAAUUUAUAGAUUCAGAACAUGUACAACAUUUUCGUUCUUAUCCAAAAGAGUAUGCUGAUAAAUGUUUAAAAUUUAUAGGAGAUUCACUUUAA